UGUGAUUUUCUGUUUGGCUGACGAGAAAGUAGAGAGAAAACAGAAAGGAGAAAUCCGGAAGGCCAAGAUAUAUUUUGGGCAUAAAAUUGCGUUUUGUUUUCAAUUUCUUCAUUUUUUUUGUGGGAUCCAGUGGAACCUUUCUCUGUUCUGAUCGAGUGAUUUGAUUUAUUCUUUUCUGUUCAAUUUGAUGUAUGUGGUUGUGUUGUAAAUGUAGCCGCUUUUUCACUGGUUGAUUUUGAUUUUGUGUUUGGUUGCCAAGAAUAAUGAUAGAAGAUAAAAGGCUAGGAAUUUUUGUAUCAGCUGAAGUUUUUAGUAGUUUUCGAUUGCCUUAUGCGUUCCGCGAUCAGAAGGAGCUUGCUUUUCUUUGAUUGAGCAGUUCUUGCGGUGAAAUUUCAAAUUCCUUGAUCAUAAACCUGAAAUUUGUGCUGGUAAUUACUUGGUGAUGGAUUUUUCUUAAAGAUAUUGAGGUGUUUUGGAGAAUUUUUAAUCUACUGCUGCUGUUUUGCUUCUGAUCUUAAGAUCUGUAUGAACUGGUGAUGGAUAUGGCGUGUUGAACAGACUGUGCUAUGGUAUCUUUACUGUUGUGCGAUAUGCUUUCCGAAUGGUGUUAGGAAAACUUUGAAGAGACAAGACAACUGAAUUACAGAAGGAUGGCCCUGGUUUCAGGAAGGUCAACAUUGAAUCCUAAUGCUCCUCUCUUUGUUCCUGCUGCUUUCCGCCAAGUGGAGGAUUUCUCCCCUGAGUGGUGGCAACUGAUUACUACCUCAACAUGGUACCACGAUUAUUGGCUUAGCCAACAUCAGGGCGAGGAUGGCUUCUAUGACAACGCUGAUGACGACUUCUUCGAUACUGGUGAUAUAGCUGAUUUGCUUCCCGACACAUUUGAUAUUGACGUUAGUGAAGAUUUCCCCAUUUUGGAAGUUCAGUUUGAAGAUCUCACUUAUGAAGCUGAAGUUGAGGGCAAGUCAUCUCCUUUGGAUGGCACUGUUGCUGAGGCACCCAUUGGAGGAUCCAAGUUUGUCAAAACCUCUGGAUGAAAGAGGUGCAGAAGCAAACUAUAUCAGGAAGCUAGUUGGUGUGGCUGUGAAGCUUGGUCAUUAACUUCAUGUUGCAGUUAGUCCAGCAGUAUAGGAUUGUGUAGUUUCUGUAAUUUAUGUGUAGAACCAGAGCAAGGUUGCAACCCUUUUAGAAGUCAUUGUUCAUUCUCGGGUUUCCUGUUUUAGUUACCUUUAACAGAAAAGUGUAAAAUCCAAAAGUGUAAAAUGUUAGCAAGAAUGGAAAGUUCAUGUUUUCACCCGAGCA